UCAUAUACCAUCCAUCAUACAUAUUACUCUUCUUGGAAGGCAAGAAACAUGAAUCAAGAAGCUGCGAGUAACCUUGAACUUGAGCUGAAAUUAAACAUUUCACCAUCGUUGGAUUCUUCUUUGCUCACUGAGAGCUCAUCAUCAUCGUUAUGCUCGGAGGAAGCUGAGGGUGGAGGAGGAGAGGCUAAAUCAAUGGUGGUCGUUGGUUGCCCUAAUUGCAUCAUGUACAUCAUCAUCUCUUUAGAAAGUGAUCCUAGAUGCCCUAGAUGCAACAACCAUGUUUUGCUUGACUUUCUCACCGGAAACCAUAGCAAGAAGAGCACUAAUUAAGAAAAUAUAUAUAUCAAAUUAAGAAUGUUUUUUUUGUUCUUCCUCUUAAUUUGUUGCCACAUUUAUUGAUAGUUUGAAUUAAUCUAUGAUGAACGGCUAUGUUCAUAGAAUCCAAAUAUACACUUGAUUUUGUAAAAUAUAUCAUUAGUAUUAAUACUGACCAUUUAGCGA